UCAUAUUCUUUUGUUUAUUACAAAUUAUGAUUACUUCAAUAAGAUUGAUAGGACUUACAUUAGAAACUACUAAUAAUACAAAUGAACCCUGGUAUCCGGCGACCCUCGCCGGUAACAUCUUCUCCAAACGCCAAAGGCGACAAAGAAACCCAGCAACCAAAAAAGAAGGCAAAACAUAUGGUGGAUAAUCCACUCUUUCGUGAAGAACAGAUGGCGGAGGAUACCCUCUCCCCCAUAAAGGAGCCAAUGGGCUCGCCAAUUAGAAAACAUCAUGAAGCAGCAUGGACAGGUGGAGUCUCGAGAAAACUGUUUGGCAAUGUUCGUCCUGAGGAUGAAUGGUAUAUCGCCGAAUCGGAUUCAGAGGACAUAGCUGAAGCCAUGAGAGAGGACGACCUGGAUGAUGAGAUACCGGAAGAUGAUGACCUCGUUGCCCUACAAUAGCCUAUACGGCGAUGGAAAAACAAAUAUGGAGAAGAGAA